AUGCCUGGAGAAAUAGCCACCAAAGUUGGCCAUACACUGGCCAAAGUCCUCGGCAUCAAGCUGCAAUAUCGCGACCCCCUUGGUACAUCGGAUCAUCUCUCUCGCGGAGAAUCGAUUUUUUCCUCUGGCACUGCCGAUACCUACGUUGAGCCGGAGCCCACCAGCGCCGAAUGGCUCUAUGAGCACGUUCCGAGCAGGCACGAUGUUGUCGAUUACUUGAUCAGUCUCUUUCCCUUUCUCAGCUGGAUCGGCCGCUACAACCUCCAGUGGUUUAUUGGUGACCUGGUUGCCGGCAUCACUGUUGGCGCCGUCGUCGUUCCCCAGGGCAUGGCCUACGCCAAGCUGGCUGACCUCCCCGUGGAGUACGGCUUGUAUGCCUCGUUUAUGGGCGUCUUGAUCUACUGGUUUUUUGCCACGUCAAAGGAUAUCACCAUCGGGCCCGUGGCUGUCAUGUCUACACUGACCGGAAACAUUAUCAUCGAGGUGCAGGGUAGUCAUCCGGAGUUCUCAAAGCCAGAAAUUGCACAGGCAUUGUCCAUCAUCGCUGGUGCCAUUGUCACUUUCAUCGGUCUCAUUCGAUGGGGGUUCAUCGUCGAUUUCAUUCCCUUGACGGCCAUUUCCGCUUUCAUGACCGGCUCUGCCAUCAACAUUGCGAGUGGUCAGGUCAAGUCCUUGCUGGGCGAGUCGGCCGACUUUAGCACCCGAGGCGCUACCUACGAGAUCAUCAUAAACACGCUGAAACACCUCCCUUCUGCCAAGGUGGACGCGGCCAUGGGCCUAACCGCCCUUUUCAUGCUGUAUGGCAUUCGAUCCGCAUGCAACUAUGGCGCGAGAAGAAACCCGCAGAAGGCCAAGCUGUUUUUCUUUCUAUCGACCCUGCGCACUGUUUUUGUCAUUCUCUUUUACACCAUGAUUAGCGCUGCUGUCAACCUACAUCGCCGUGAUGACCCUGCGUUCAAGGUGCUGGGUCAUGUGCCUAGAGGUUUCCAGCAUGCCGGUGUCCCAACGCUCACGAAGCCACUCAUCGCUUCCUUUGCCACGAAUUUGCCUUCGGCAGUCAUUGUUCUCUUGAUCGAGCACAUUGCCAUCUCCAAAUCGUUUGGCCGCGUGAACAACUACGUGAUCAAUCCGUCUCAGGAAAUGGUUGCUAUUGGCGUCACGAAUCUGCUCGGCCCUUUUGUUGGUGGAUACCCUGCUACUGGUUCUUUCUCUCGCACAGCCAUCAAAUCCAAGGCUGGUGUGCGAACGCCUCUUGCCGGUCUUAUCACUGCCAUUGUCGUCCUGCUUGCCAUCUACGCCCUGCCCGCUGUCUUCUUCUACAUCCCGAGUUCCUCUCUGUCUGGUGUCAUCAUUCACGCCGUCGGUGACUUGAUCACCCCUCCCAAUACCGUCUAUCAAUUUUGGCUAGUGUCGCCCUUUGACGUCAUCAUUUUCUUUGCUGGCGUCUUGGUCACCGUUUUCUCCUCGAUUGAGAACGGAGUCUACACUACCAUCUGUGUCUCGGCGGCCUUGCUCCUCUGGCGUAUCGUCAAGGCGCGCGGCGAUUUCCUGGGCAAGGUCCGGGUGCAUUCUGUGCUCGGCGACCACUUGUUGGAUAGCAACGGCAAAUACGGGCCAGUCGGACAGCUACCAGCCCAGGCUUCGCUUGGCAGCAACGAUCCCGACAAUACCUUCCGCAAUGUCUAUCUACCUGUGCGCCGCCAGGAUGGCUCUAACCCGCAGAUCUCGGUCGAGCACCCUUAUCCUGGUGUGUUCAUCUAUCGCUUCUCCGAAGGCUUCGUGUACCCCAACGCGAAUCACGAAACCGACUACCUAGUGUCCAGCAUCUUCAAGGAGACCCGCCGCACCAACCUCGAGUCUUACCCAACCUUGGGUGAUCGACCAUGGAACAAUCCCGGUCCUCGACGAGGGCAUGUGGAAGAAGAUCGCUCCCAACUGCCCUGCCUCCGCGCCGUUGUCCUGGACUUUUCUUCGGUCAACAACGUGGACGUCACCUCGGUACAGAAUCUGAUCGAUAUACGCAACCAACUGGACCACUAUGCCUCGCCCGAUCCCGUUCAGUGGCACUUUGCCUAUGUCAAUAACCGAUGGACCAAACGAGCCCUUGCAUCUGCGGGCUUCGGCUAUCCGUCGGUCGGAUCAGAAGAAUCCUCUGUCAAGCGAUGGAAGCCGAUUUUCAGUGUCGCCGAGCUUGGCGGUAUUGACUCGGCCGCUGCGGUGGCUGAGCGCGAGCGCCUAGAGAAGCUCAAGACAAUUGACCCCGAACACGGCGAGCCUACACAGACUGAGCAAGAGCAGAAUCACCCUGAAAACAGCAGCAACGACAGCAUCAACUACCAGAGCCAACUCAAGACCAGCACAGCGUACGAAAACGGCCGCAAAAUCGCGCUUGUCUCUGGAAUCAACCUGCCGCUUUUCCAUGUCGAUAUCACCAGUGCGUUGCAAAGUGCGAUUGCCAACGCGAAGCAAUACGAAACUCACCAGAAGCUCGUUGAUGCUUGA